AUGUUUCAAGUCGUGCCAGCGAUUCAGCGCCGAGUGCCUGGCCACCAAAGCGGCUACUCCUGGGCAACACGGCUCGAGGCGAGGCGCCGCCGCCAGCUUCGUGCUGGCCGUUUCACCAUGCUGUGGCCGUUCGGUGCGCUGGAGAAGCGCCGGCGCGCGUUUGCCGAGCUCUUCACCAACCCGAACUUCCCGCCAAGCUGGCCGUACACUGCGUCCGAUUUUGAGCGUCUCGAUGAAUCGCCGGAUGAGUUGUUUUACACACAGCCGCGAUUCGUGACCCAUAUUGAUGACGACGCAAUCGCUGCGCUCAAGUCGUUCUACGGGGAAACACUGCGUGAUGGAACCGAUCUGCUCGACUUGUGUUCGUCAUGGAUUUCGCACUUACCGGAGCAGUAUCGACCACGCCAGGUCGUUGGGCUCGGGUUAAACGAUCUUGAAUUGAAAAAGAACACUCGCUUGGACCGGUGGGUGGUUCAGAACCUGAACGAGAACCCGGUAUUUCCGUUUGCGGAUGAUUCGUUUGAUUACGUCACAUGCGUGGUAUCCGUCGACUACCUGACCAAGCCGUUACAAGUAUUUCGCGAAAUACGACGGGUACUUCGUCCCGGAGGAAUGGCCAUCAUUGCCCAGUCAAAUCGAUGUUUUAUGCAGAAAGUGAUUGCGAUCUGGCUUUCCACGAAUGACCUGGAGCACGCUUAUAUCAUAGGAUCCUAUUUUCAUUACGCCGGUGGUUUUGAGAACUUGCUAGCACGCGACAUUUCACGGGGACGUGGCGACCCCAUGUUCGUGGUCACCGCUACGAAGCAGAGGACAUAG